CUGCGUGAGGAAGUCGUACCUCUGGCGGUCUCGGCCAGGGAAGGGGAGCGGGCACAGGGCGGUCGCGGACCGGCUGUCCCUUCCCCAGUGGGACACAGGGCGCGAGUUGGGCGAUGUCGAGCAGCCAUCCCACCCUGUUGUUUACAGCCCUAGACCACACCCGUACGGGGGUAGCUCCCGAAAUUAGACACGCCUUCUCACUUGGAGAUGUCAGCCUAGACUGCCCGGCCACUCCGGAACGUGCCCAUGCAGCGCCCUGAUCCCCGACUGCCCAGUCCCCAAGUAGAAACCGGACCUGCCCUCGGCUUUUCCCAGCCUGAACUCCGUGUCCCUUCUACCUGCGAGCGGCACUGCCGGCCCGCCGUGGGGAUGGCCCCGCCAGAGGACCCGCGGCGGCUCUGCAAGCUGGUGCAGGAGGGCCGACUGUGCGCCCUGCAGGACGAGCUGCGGGCGGCCGGGGGCUGCCCGGAGAUGGUCGGGGACACCCUCCUGCACUGCGCCGCCCGCCACGGGCGCAGGGACAUCCUGGCCUAUCUGACCGAGGCCUGGGGCAUGGACAUCGAGGCCACCAACCGAGACUAUAAGCGGCCUCUACACGAGGCUGCCUCCAUGGGCCAUCGGGACUGCGUGCUAUACCUGCUAGGCCGAGGGGCGGCUGUGGACUGCCUGAAGAAGGCCGACUGGACUCCUCUGAUGAUGGCCUGCACAAGGAAGAAUCUCGAGGUGAUCCAGGACCUUGUGGAACAUGGUGCCAAUCCACUCCUAAAGAACAAAGAUGGCUGGAAUAGUUUCCACAUUGCCAGUCGGGAAGGUGACCCUCUGAUCCUCCAGUAUUUACUCACUGUUUGCCCAGAUGCCUGGAAGACGGAGAGCAAAAUUAGAAGAACCCCUCUGCACACCGCAGCAAUGCAUGGUCAUUUAGAGGCAGUAAAGAUGCUUCUUAAGAGGGCUUGCCUGUCAGCUGAGGAUAGCCUCGGCGCCCAGGCCUUGCACAGGGCAGCGGUCACUGGGCAGGAUGAAGCCAUCCACUUCUUGGUCUCUGAACUUGGCGUUGAUGUGGACGUGAGAGCAGCGUCAACCCGUCUCACCGCGCUGCUCUGUGCCGCUAAGGAAGGACAUAGAAGCACAGUUCAGACUCUCUUGUCCCUGGGUGCUGACAUCAGCUCUAAAGAUGAAAGAAAUCGAUCAGCCCUGCAUCUGGCCUGUGCAGGUCAGCACGUGGCCUGUGCCCAGUUUCUCCUCCAGUUGGGGCUGAAGGAUUCCGAAGACAUGACGGGCACCCUGGCUCAGGAGCUCACAGCAAGAGCAGCUCUGGCUAGAAGGCAGUGACCUGUGGAUGUUUCUAAAAGGAGGCGGGAAGGUGCACGGUAAUUUAUAUCCGGCUUCUUCAGUCACUCACGGAUUCAGUGAAACCAGUGGGAAGCCACUUUUCCAUCUCCUCCUCCUGCUGAAGAUUUCCCGAGGCUCAGGAGGCUGGGUUCCUAGUCCCCAUGGCAAACUGUGGAACCCUGAGCACAGUCAUAAUCUUCCCAUAGUCCAAAUUCCACUUUUUCUACCCUUAAAGUAGAAUUAGAUGUGUAUGAAGUCAGUCUCUGGAAUCCUUAGAGGAGAUGCAUGAAUAUGAUAUAUUCUAUAUAACUUUUACAGGUACAUGAAAUAUUUUGUAAUAAUUAUUA